CGAAGAUCAUGAGCAAGUACAAGAAGAUUUUUCCUGAUGACCUGCCGUCUGGCCUGCCACCCCAACGACCAUACGAUCACAAAAUUGAGCUAGAACGUGGCGCGCAAGUGACCGUCCGAUCGCAAUGGAGGCUGAGUCAACCGGAGCUGAUGGAGCUGCGUACGCAACUGGAUUAUCUGCUGGAGAAAAAAAUUAUUCUUUUCACCCCGAAGAAAGACGGAGGCCUAUGGAUGUGUACUGAUUAUCAAGCGCUCAACAACAUCACCAACAAGUCCCGUUACCCGAUUCCGCGAGCCGACGGUCUCAUCGACCAACUUCGCGGGGGCAGGAUUUUUCCAAGAUUGAUCUACGAUGAGGUUACCACCAGAUUCGUCUCGCAGAAGCUGAUAUUCCGAAGACUGCUUUUCGAAACCCGUUACCAAAGUUACAAGUAUACAGUGAUGCCGUUUGGGCUGACGAACGCACCCUCAAUUUUUCAAUUAACUAUGAACAAAGUCUUCCGCUUGUUAUUGGACAAGUGCGGCAUCGUCUACCUGGAUGACAUUCUGGUGUACCGCACCUUGCGGGAACAACAUUUGACGGACCUGGAAGCGGUUUUUACCCUGUGCGAUCAACACCGACUCAUCACCAAAGGCUCUAUGUGCAAGUUUUUAAAAGAAGAGUUGGAAUUCAUGGGCCACGUCGUCUCAACCGAAGGCGUUAAAAUUGACCCGAAAAAGAUCGACACUAUUCACAACUGGGAACCGCCUACGAACGUCUAGGAUAUGUGUUGGGCUGAGAAAAGCCCUUAGGAUCUUUUGCAGAGACUAAGUCCCA